UUUAGCAACUUUGUCCUCGUUUUCUUUCCUCCCCUCCUCUCCUCUCUUCCUCCCUUCCCUUUGACUUCCCCUCCUCUUCUCGCCCGUGUCCCACAAUGCAUUGCGUCCAGUCGUUGGAUCAUGGACCAAAGCGACAAUGAUCUUCAAGGAAGCGACGGCUCCGGGAGUUUGGGUGGCCCGGAUGUUCGCAGACGAAUCCCCAUUAAGCUUAUAUCCAAGCAGCCCCUAAGGAGCAAACCUCAGCAGCGCGUCCAGAGACCCGGCAACCGACCUUGUAAAAGUGAGCCUGGAGAAAAUGAUAACUUUGGUUUCAAGCAGGAGGACAGGUUUGAUUGUGGUGCUAAAUCUGGCGAUGUGUUUGCAACUCAGAGGAGAUUCCCCCAAGCAAUGUUUUGGGAUUAUAAGUUAAAUUUGAUUGGUGAAAGGGAUCAAGUUCCUAUCCACUUCUGUGAUAAAUGCGGCCUGCCAAUUCAGCUGUAUGGACGGAUGAUUCCCUGUAAGCAUGUUUUCUGCUACGACUGUGCUUUGCUUCAUGAGAAGAAAGGAGACAAAUUAUGUCCAGGACUCACUCUCUUCAACUGCACAGAUCCAGUUCAGCGCAUUGAGCAGUGCCAGCGUGGUUCUCUCUUCAUGUGCAGUGUUGUACCUGGAUGCAAGCGCACCUACCUGUCCCAGCGUGACCUGCAGGCCCACGUCAACCACCGCCACAUGAGGGCAGCAAAGACUUCUUCAGGCCGCCAGGAGCCUGUGCACAUGCCCUCUGCACCCGAGGUCCCCGAGCGGUUCCGCGUGCCUCCGCCUCACUUACCCAAGAACCACGUUCACCUGCCCAGCCCUCUCCAGCACGGCGGGCACGACCCUUACAGUCAACCGGCACCGCCGAGUGGUCACGAAGGCCCGCCGCCGACCUCCGCUCUGGGUCCUGAGACAUUCCGUAUUGCCACGGUGACCACGCGCAAACAUAGUAAUCUCAUCACCGUACCCAUCCAAGAUGACUCCACUUCCUCUCGCGACCCCCACUCUGGUGGGCCAGGCCCCGGCCAGCCGCCCCACCAUCACCCUGGAGACUAUCCUGGUCAGCCUCCUGUAGUGUCUCACUCUCACCACAUGAUGGCACCACCGCAACAGCACUUCGGCCCUCCGCCUCCACCUCCUCCUCCUAUUAGCCACCCGAUGCAGCACCCUCCCCAAGGUUCUGGGACACCGCACAUGGUGUACAACCAGGCCCCUCCUCCUCCCAUGUCCACGGCUCCCCCACCUAUCAAUCCACCACCAGCGCACAUUAUGGGCCAGAUGCCUCCUUAUAUGAACCACCCACCCCCAGGACCUCCACCACAGCACAGUGGCCCUCCUGUUAACGCCCCCCCACCUCAUCACUAUAAUCCCAACUCCAUGCAGCAGUUCCCUGAAGACCAGGGCACUCUUAGUCCCCCGUUCAACCAGCCAGGAGGGCUCAGUCCCGGGAUGUGGCCCGCUCCGAGAGGCCCUCCACCUCCCCGGAUGCAGGGUCCCCCACCCCAGGGCCAGAUGCCUGGGCCGCACCACCCAGAUCAGGGCCGCUAUCGGCCUUAUUAUCAGUAAACUGCCAACUGAACAAGUGGGCAACAGUCUUUGUCAUUCUGUUCCAUACUACUUGUUUGAAUAAUGUGAUAGCAAACCUCAGGGUUACAGGGAGUAGGACUUUGAUUUUGAUUAAACUGCCCCGAAGCAAAUGUGUAUGUGGUGCACAUUUUAGUUAACUGUGUUCAUCUUCCCAUUGAACAUACUAUUGGUUUGGAUAAGCGCAGGAAUGUCCCCCUUUUUUAAUAGCUUACAGUAAGAUUCUGUGUAAAUAUGUUGGCUGAUGUCACACACGUACUGUACAUUGAAAGACGUUAACGUUGUCUCAAUAAAUUUUUAACAGCA